AUGCCCGGCUCGAGCGCGCGGGAUAUCACUCCUGCUCCGAGCACUGAUGAGGAUGCCAACGACGAUCUGGGGCUGGUGUUGGCGAAGAAGAGGACAACCGCCGCGUAUCUGGAAGAUCUCUCUACGAAAAUCAUGGAAAACAUGACGACCGGCGAUGGUAUUCUCGAGUACCUCUCAGAAGACUUUGAAGUGGUCCACGAGGUUGAGAGACAUCUGGAGACAAUGCGCGCUCUCAAGAAGCGAUGGCCAAAUUGGGUCACGAAAGUCAACGAUGCUUCCGCCUCGCUUGUGAAGGGUUCUAACACAGCAGAUGUGUGGUGCUUCAGCGAGGGCGUAGGCACUCCUGAUAAUCAAUGGUUUAUCCGAGAAUUCCGAAGCAUUCUGGCUGCCCGUGCGCUUCCGCUGCUGUAG